AGGAGAGGGAGGAAGGGAAGAGCCGAGCAGGUCAGGAUGAGAACCGAGGAGGCAGCAGCGCAGCAAUGGGAAGAACAAGAGGAUCCCAUCAGGAGGGAUGAGAGAGAGGGCUCCGGAGCUCUGCUGCGUCGCUCCAACAUGGAGGCGCAUUGACAGCAUCACACGUUAGAGGAGAGCAUUUCAUUGUAGCCUUGCAGCAUCAUCAUCACCAUCAGCAUCAUCCGUUCAAACCGAAGCGGAGUGGAGCAGACAUGGGCUCCCACGUUGUACAGACCCUGCGUCAGGGUGUGUGGGCAUCUCUGACCGGCGGCUGGUAUCACGACCCGGACCAGAACAAAUUCAACAACUCCUGCCACCUUUAUCUGUGGAUAUUUCUCCUCAUACUCCCCUUGUCUCUGCAUCUGGCCCUGCCUCCUACCACCAUGGCUCUGAGCAUCUACUGCACCUCUAUCACUGUCUUCUUCAUCCUUAUCAAGCUGGCCAACUACCGGCUGCAUAUUAUGUUCGAUGAGGGUGAGGCAGUGGUCCGCAGCAGCCUCUCGGACCUCAGCAAGGCUCAGGAAAAGAAAAGCAAUGCCUCAGACUCCUGCCAACCAGCCAGCAUCAGAAAGAGCAGCACUGUCCCAGACAGCGUUGCUAUGACAACGCUGGCCCGCAAGCGUCCCAGCCCAGUGAUCCAAGUGACAGUGAAGCAGACAGAAACCGACCCAGGACUGAUCGGGGUGGACUGCUCAAAGUCAGACGAGGUGAAAUCUGCAGAAGGUGACCGCCAUCUUUCAUCAGGACAUGCUGAGGAGCACGUUGUGGAAGGAGACUCACAGCCGCACCCUGAACUCUCCCCCGAUGAUUUUUCCAGCCCCAAUCCGGAGCAGGACGCCCCGCUGCUGCAGGCCCAGCAGAGGUCCCCGGCUCGAACUGAAAGGGAAGAAACAGAGGUUACUGAAACUGGGGCUGAUGUAGAAGAAGUCAGAAAACUUCAGAAACCUUUGAGAGUUAAAAGUGGAGAUCAGUUGGAGGAGAAUAGGUCUCCAGCAAAAAACUUUAAAAAGGACAGAAAAGAAGAAAAGGAAUGUGAGGAUAAAGAUGAUGCAGAUAGGGAGACAGUGGAUGAAGGGUUUCCCACUUCCAAAGGGAGUGAAGAUGAGAGCGAGGAGGCCAGCGAAGGCCAAAAAGAAAACUCAGAUGCCAACAACAACUCAUUGGAGACCCAAAAGGAUGAGCAGGAUGAGCUCAUAGAAAUCCCAGACUCUCCUGUUCAGGCUGAGCUAGAGGAGGAUGAAGAGGCCUACUGUUCUGAUGAGAUCGAGGUGGUUCUGGUUGAUAACUCCAGCCCCGGUUCAGGACCAGCUCAUCUGGACGACAGUGACACGGUGAAGAUCAUCAUCACCAUGAGCUGUGACCCUCAGACAGCGGCUCAGUUGGAGGAGAGCGUCAAGCAGAGCUUGCUGGAGAACGCAAAGGCUCAAAAGGAUGCAGGAGAAUGUCACAUCAAGAUCCCUGUCAUCACCUUCGAUUCCCCGGAGGAGGAGUGGCAACAGGAGCAGAUGGAAGGAGAGGAGGCAACCGGCUUGGAGAAUGUCCCCACACCCAGACAGCAGCAUCAGAUCACCAGCCAAAGUGAAGAGUUUCACUUAUGUAGAGAAACCAUCAGUUCUGAAUCCAACACGCUGGAAGGCGCCGAUCUGGAGCAGGAGCAGCGGGGGCUGCUGGUGAACGAGGACAGUACGCCGAGCCCGCAGCUGACAAACGACAACAGCUCGUCAGGCAUCGAUGUCCACUCCCAUCCUGAUGACACGGACCCUCUGGAGCCUAUUGUGGACUCGCAAGGAUUCCUGCGUCUGCCUCCGACGGUCGGUCGCUAUGGACCGGGCGGAAGGACCCACAUCCGGGGCCUGAGCAUGGACAGCGGGAAAGAUGCCGUCCUCCUCUCAGACCGCUCCCAUAACACGACCACAAUGACCAGCUCCAAAUCCGACCUGGAGGCAAAGGAAGGCCAGAUUCCCAAUGAAUCCAACUUCUUGGAGUUUGUUUCAUUAUUAGGUUCCCUGAGUAUGAAAGGGGGAGGGAGGAGCACCCAGGAGGAGGAGGAGAAGGAGGGCAAACCAAAAGUGGAGGAAGAAGAAGAAAAUCAGAGUGCAACUCCUGGUCCAACAACUACAGAUACCAGCACCGAGAACAAAUCAGAGCGACCCAAGCCACCCACCAGUCUCCCAACUAACCCACUUCAAGCUAUAAAACCUACGCACAUCCCAAUAGUCUCUCCUGACAGUCCACAAACAGACAGGGAGAAGGAUCCGGAUUACGACUCCCUCCCAUCACAAACCUCCCAGUCUGAGAGCUCCAUGUUGCAGGUCAUCUGCAGACCUGAAGCUACCAAUAAAGAAGAGGCCUACACCUUCCACACAGUGCACAGAGACAGACCUCGGAAACUGUACGCAGAGAGAGCCCUCAACCUGCCGCUGGGAGCAGAGCUCAUUACAGGCAACAUGUGUGACCUGCUGUCAACUUCUUCCAACUCAGAGGGUCAGGAUGGUGCAGUGGGUGCUCACGCCGACUGCCCUUUCCAGCGACGCAUCAUUCCUGCUCACAGGCUGCGGCCACGGAGGACGCACCCAGAGAUCUUUCCGGAGGAGGACUCCUUGGACGAGUCUUCAGAGACUUCCACACAGGAGAAGCCGACCAGGAAAGUUUAUUAUAAACUCCAGCUGCUUCCUGGGAAGUGGGUCAGCGUUUUGUACGAUCGCCUGACGCUUCUCGCUCUAUUAGACAGAAACCAGGAUUUUCUGGAGAACCUUGCAGCGGUCUUCAUGGCCUUCCUGGUUUCCUUUUUGGGUUUUGUGCUUCUCAACCACGGAUGCUUCAAAGACUUCUGGGUCUUCCAGUUCUGCCUGGUCAUCGCCAGCUGCCAGUACUCUCUGCUGAAGAGCGUUCAGCCAGACGCUGCAUCACCAACACAUGGUCACAACCAGCUGGUGGCAUACAGUCGAGCAGCCUACUUCUGUAUUUUCUGCUCGCUGAUCUGGCUGCUGGAGCUGCUGCUGAGGAGGAAGGACCUGCCCGUUUCCACCCUCUAUGGAGUCACCAUUAUCUGCUACGAUGUCCUGAGCUUCGUUCGGGAUCUUCUCGUCGGUUUUACCUACUGUUUCCCUGUCGCCUUCCUGGUGGGCCUUUUCCCUCAGAUCAACACCUUCACCAUCUACCUGCUGGAGCAGAUUGACAUGCACCUCUUUGGAGGAACAGCUGCUACAAGUCUGAUCUCAGCAAUCUACAGCAUCGUCCGCAGUCUGGUCGCUCUGUCUCUGCUGUACGGUUUCUGCUUCGGAGCUCUCAAGGAGCCGUGGGAUGAGCAGCACACCCCUGCCCUGUUCUCUGGUUUCUGUGGCCUUUUGGUCGUGUUCUCUUAUCACCUCAGCCGGCAGAGCAGCGACCCCUCUGUGCUGCUAUCUCUUAUCAAGUCAAAAUUAAUGCCCGCACUGGUGGAAAGUGAAGAAGAGGAGGAAGAAGAUGCAGAAAUCAAAGACCCGCUGCCUGAGAAGCUGCAGAACUCCAUGAAGGAGAUUCUGCUGUCUGAUUUGGUGGUUUGCUCUGUCGCCUACAUCCUGACCUUUGCCAUCACAGCGAGCACCGUGUUCCUCUCCCUGAAGCCCUUUGUGACCAUCGUGCUGUACGCUCUGGCGGGGACGGUCGGGUUCGUCACACACUACCUAAUCCCCCAGCUGCGGAAGCAUCACCCUUGGUUGUGGAUCUCUCAUCCAGUUCUCAAGACUAGAGAGUAUUACCAGUUUGAGCCCAGAGAGGACGCUGUGCUCAUGUGGUUUGAGCGUCUCUACGUGGGGCUCCUGUGCUUUGAGAAGUAUCUGGUCUACCCUGCUAUAGUGUUGAGUGCGCUUACUAAUGAUGGCUUUGCCCUCAGUCACCGCAAGAAGCUGGGAAUCCACUGCGAUGUUCUCCUUACAACGGUCGCUGGACUGAAACUGCUGCGUUCCUCUUUCUGCGAUCCCAGCUUCCAGUUCCUUACGCUUCUCUUUACACUCAUUUUUUUCCACUUUGACUGUCCACAUGCCUCUGAGAGCUUCCUGCUUGACUUCUUCAUCAUGUCGAUUGUCUUCCACAAGAUGCGAGAGCUGCUGCUAAAACUCCACUUCAUCCUGGUUUACAUCGCUCCCUGGCAGAUCGCCUGGGGCAGCGCCUUCCAUGCCUUCGCUCAGCCUUUCGCCGUGCCUCACUCAGCCAUGUUGCUGCUACAAACUCUGCUCACCACCGUCUUCUACACCCCGCUGGCUCCCUUCCUCGGCAGCGCCAUCUUUAUCUCGUCUUACCCGCGGCCCAUCAAGUUCUGGGAACGAAACUAUAACACUAAGCGCAUAGACAACUCUAACAGCCGGCUGGUGUCCCAGGUGGACAAAGAGACAGGUUGUGACGACAACAACUUGAACUCGAUUUUUUACGAGUACCUGACUCGCUCGCUGCAGCACUCUUUGUGUGGGGACCUGAUGCUGGGUCGCUGGGGCAACUACAGCACUGGAGACUGUUUCAUCCUGGCUUCUGACUACCUCAACGCCCUAGUCCACCUCAUCGAGAUCGGAAACGGCCUUGUCACCUUUCAGCUCAGGGGGCUGGAGUUCAGAGGUACCUACUGUCAGCAGAGGGAGGUGGAGGCCAUCACAGAAGGCGUGGAAGAAGAUGAUGGGUGCUGCUGCUGUGAGCCGGGCCACCUGCCUCACAUGUUGUCGUGCAACGCCGCCUUUAACCUGCGCUGGCUGGCCUGGGAGGUGACGGCCACAAAGUACCUGCUGGAAGGCUACAGCAUCAGCGAGAACAACGCCGCCACCAUGCUGCAAGUGUACGACCUCCGAAAGCUACUCAUCACCUACUACCUGAAAAGCAUCAUCUACUACCUGGUCCACUCCCCCAAGCUGUGCACAUGGCUCAAAGACGCCAGCAUCCAGGAGGCGCUGCAGUCCUACACCAAGUGGCAUCACAUUGAACGGGAUCCGCAGGUCUUCAGUGUGAAGAUCGACGAGGACUACGUCCACUGCCUUCAAGGGGUGACAAGGGCCAGCUUCUGCAACGUCUACCUGGAGUGGAUCCAGCACUGUGCUGGAAAGUUGGAGACGCCGGUGGACAGCGACGAAGACUCUCCUCUGGUUACCUUGUGUUACGCUCUUUCUGUCUUGGGGAGGAGAUCCCUUGGCACAGCAUCCCACAACAUGUCCAACAGCCUGGAGUCCUUCCUGUAUGGUUUCAACACCUUGUUUAAAGGGGACUUCCGUAUUGCAGCCAAAGAUGAAUGGGUUUUCACUGACCUGGACCUGCUUCAGAAGGUGGUGGCUCCAGCUGUCAGAAUGAGCCUCAAGCUGCAUCAGGAUCACUUCACGUGCCUAGAGGAGACGGAGGAGGCGUCCAUCCUCUACGAAGCCAUCACCAACUACCGCAGCAGCCUGGUGAUCUGUCAUGAGAGCGACCCAGCCUGGCGUAAGGCGGUGCUAUCCAGCCGCGACACACUGCUCACCCUGAGGCACAUGAUCGACGACGGCACGGAUGAGUACAAGAUCAUCAUGCUGUACAAACGCCACCUCAGCUUCAAGGUCAUCAAGAUCAAUAAGGAGUGUGUGCGAGGUUUGUGGGCGGGUCAGCAGCAGGAGCUGGUGUUUCUACGGAACCGCAACCCGGAGCGUGGCAGCAUCCAGAACUCAAAACAAGCACUGAGGAACAUGGUCAACUCAUCUUGUGACCAACCUCUAGGCUACCCCAUGUAUGUGUCGCCACUAACGACGUCAUUUGCAGGAACGCAUCGUACACUCCGCAGCAUUGGAGGCGGGGCUUUAAGCUUGGAUGCCAUUCGUUCCUGGCUGUGCUCUAAGUGGCUACGAGUGCGUAAGGACAACCUGACCAGCUGCAAUAGCGGUGUGAACAUGGAGGAUGUGGACUGCGGCGCUGGCGGCUCAUCGUCGCUGAGCCACAACCGGCCAUCCUCCGUCACGUCCAACAGCCUGAGUCUCUACCAGCACAGAGCACGGACGACACACAGCCGCAGACAUCACAACGCAGGAAGAAGAGAGUACCGCAGUCGAUCUGUGCAGCCUCAGAGUCAACGUCCUCCUGUAAGCAGCCAGUCAGGUCCCAUCCUGGACUCUGGCUCCGCCCAUGGGCUAGUCCAGCGUUUGUCCAACAGUCAGCUGUCUUUUAACACUUCCAUAGCCUCAAUAUUCUCUCAGGUCCCUCGUCUGUCAGGAGCAGGAGGGAUCAGCUCACAGCUCCAGGCGGCGCAGCAUCAGCAGCGCUCCAGUCAGGUCUCCUCAUCUUCAUCUACACUCAGCCUUUUGUUUGGGAAGCGCAGCUUCUCUAGCGGCCUGGUCAUCUCCGGAUUGUCUGCAGCCGAAGGGGGCAACACCACCGACACGCAGUCUUCUUCCAGCGUCAACAUCGCUGUUGGGCCUUCGCAUAGGUCCAGCAGCAGAGCCACACAGUGGACCUCAGAGCCUUAUGAGAGUAUAGACGCGUCCAAUUCCAACGCUGCAGUGACUGUGAGAGAGGGCGCCCAGUCGAGCGAUCAAGGCUUCAGCCAAGGAUUGGACAAGACCCAGGAGGAAUCUGCAUCUGCCUCAACAGCUCCAGAGCCAACUGAUCAAAAGACCAUCAGAGAAGGACUUACAGAGGAACUAUAGAGAAAGCAGAAAGGACUGUAUGGAGAGGAAAACACAGAGAAAAGGAAGGUUGUACGCAAGAGAGAGAGAGGGAGCACCCAUGCACAAACCUGCCUUCUCCCUUUAUCCUCAGCAUGUGGUCUCGUCUUGUUUGAAUGUAAAGUCAGAAAAAAAGUGAUCUUUGAUUUGGUUGA